AUUUACACGGUAGGUUACUCCCUCAUUCCCAAUUCCCCAUAAACAAUAGCUCUAGCAACCUAAAUCUAAUUAAUUAAACUCUGAAGAUAAUUUUCACAAGGAGUUAAACCUUAAAUGUCAUUUUUAAGACCUGCGUAGUAGGAUUGAGGGCUUAGGGACUAACCUACAAUAAGGUGUCAGUUAACAGAUACGUGUAAUGUAGUCUCUGUAGCCAACAUGAGCCACGAGAAUUCAGUAAUUCUUAAUCUGAUGUCACCAUGGUGCACCUUUGCGCUAGAAGACAUGGAUGCAGCAGAAGAGAGUGCUAAGUGCAUGUCGAGUUUCAACAGUGAUGGCUUUGUGUUUUAUUUGUUCUUGCUUUAGGUUUUUUUAAUCCUUUUUUACCGUUUUGGGCAUCAAGUCAAAAGAGUUUAGUCAAGCACAAUGGCACAAGGCUCUUCCUCUCUCUCUUUCUCUCUCUCACCCUGCCCCACAAGAAAGUGAAAUAACAAACACAUUGUCUCCUCAGAUUCCUUUCUUUUCUAUUUGAAGCGCACUCUAUCCCAGUCUCUCUCUGAUUUCCUAUAUCAGCUGGUGGGACUGCUUAUGUUUCUUUUGUCAGGAUUCUCUUGCACUCACUAUAUCAAAGGGUGCGAGAUGGCUAGAAUAACAAAGAAACAAUAAAAUAAACCUGAAAGCCCAACAUAUCUAUCCCCAACAGUGAAAAGAAGAAACCAGAUUCAUACUCUCUCCCUCUCUCUGUCUCUGUCUCUCUCUUCACCACCCCACCAGCUUUUAAAGCCUGUUUUUCCUUUCCCUUAUGAAGACACUAGUCAUGGACACAACCCCAACCCCAACCCCAACCUCUCCUCCUCAAGACUCAUCCUCCUCCAAGAGGCACUUCCACUGGACCAACAAGGUUGGAAAUGAAGACAGCCAAGGCCAAGUCCCCACCCCAGAAACAAUGUCCAAAAUCGUAGAGGAAGAAGAAAAUGACAAAGCUGUUCCACUUCCAGGCCCUGCAGCCACUUCUCAGGCAACAAGGAAGAAGCUUCAAGCAAGGCUUCGCUCUGUCCUCACUGUGUUCAGCAAGAACCGCUCCAACCUCCCCUUUGGCCUUGGUUCUCGAGUUGUUGGCACCCUCUUCGGCUACCGUCGUGGCCAUGUUCAUUUCGCCUUCCAGAAGGACCCCACUUCCCAACCAGCUUUCCUCAUAGAGCUUGCAACCCCCAUCAGUGGUUUGGUCCGAGAAAUGGCUUCUGGCUUGGUUAGAAUUGCGCUGGAAUGUGACAAAGAGAAGGACUCAGAAAAAAAGACCACGAGGCUGCUUCAGGAGUCAGUGUGGAGGACAUAUUGCAACGGUAAAAAGUGUGGCUUUGCAACAAGAAGAGAAUGUGGAGCAAAAGACUGGGACAUACUAAAGGCUGUGGAGCCAAUUUCAAUGGGUGCAGGUGUUUUGCCUGUGAGUAAUGGUGAUGGGGCUGAAGCAGGGUCUGAUGGUGAAGUGAUGUACAUGAGGGCUAGGUUUGAGAGAAUUGUUGGAUCUAGAGACUCUGAGGCUUUCUACAUGAUGAAUCCUGACAGCAAUGGAGCACCUGAGCUCAGUAUUUAUUUGCUUAGAGUCUAGUACCACUGAUCUGUUUAGUUCUUUAUACUUAAAGUUUGUUCUUUGAGAAUGUUAAACACUAGGGUAUUCCUAUACUACUACUUGUUUAGCUCCUUAAUCAUGGAGACCUAGUUCUCUCAGCUUUUUCCUUUUUUCCCCCUCUUCUGUGGAAGAAGAAGUGGGGUUUCUGUUUUUUUUUUUGGGUAGGAUAGGUGGGUAGGGUAAAGGCAGAAAGGGGGAAAAUUGUGGGUAACCGAUACUUUACAGGGUGAUGGUGGGUGGGUCAUGAAAGGUGUAUAUGUAUAGUUUCCUUUCCAAUCCUUUAAUUAGUGAUAUGAGACGGAGGUUAAUGCAAAUCAUCAUUGUCUUCCUAUUUUUA